AUGAACGUAGUGCUAUUCUUUGUCCUUAUUUCGGGCGUCAUCGCAACAUUUGAACCAAGAGGUGGAGCUGGUAGUAGACGCUGUGGAUGGGAACUUAUGCAAAAUCUCCAAAUUCCUAUUCCCAAACUCGGUGACUGGUACGCAGAGCAAACAGGUGAUCGCUCUUUAUGCGUGCUUCAGGAUGACGGCUCGGAAUACUGCACUUGUAUCUAUGAGUGUGGAAACGGUGUUUGGAGGUCUCUUGACGAGAGUAACCACGACAGUUGGAGAUAUGGAAACGAGAGCAGCUCGUGGGAGUGGGAAUCGGGAUGCAAGAAAUACUGUCACGCUGGGGUAUGUGAUGGACAGGAUUGA